UGUAACGCAGAAGUAUAAAUCAGCCUUAAGCAUGGCGCUCGGUGCUGUUUGGUUAAUAAGCAUCGCUUUUACUUUAGUUCAUUUAACGCCAUUAAUAUUACUCGAAGGGGAUCAUAAUUUCAAACAGUGGAUGUUACAGCACAACAAAGUCUAUUCCACUGAGGAGUAUUAUUACAGACUCCAAACAUUCAUAGAGAAUAAGAAGAUAAUUGAUCAUCAUAAUGAGGGGAAUCACUCUUUCACAAUGGGCCUGAAUCAGUUCUCAGACAUGUCAUUUGAGGAAUUCAGGAAGUCGUACCUUCUUACACAGCCUCAGAACUGUUCAGCGACUACAGGGCAUCAUGUCAGCAGGACGCGUCCAAACCCCCGGUCUAUAGACUGGAGGAAGAAAGGGAACAUCGUGACUCCUGUGAAGAACCAGGGUCACUGUGGAAGCUGUUGGACCUUCUCUACCACUGGCUGUUUAGAGUCUGUGAAUGCUAUCGUUAGUGGGAAGCUGGUAUCUCUGUCUGAGCAGCAGCUGAUAGACUGUGCUUAUGCCUUCAAGAAUUAUGGAUGCAUGGGUGGACUCCCCAGCCAGGCAUUUGAGUACGUCAAAUACAACAAGGGCCUUAUGUCAGAGGAGGACUACCCUUACAAAGGCCAUGAAGACACUUGCCUUUUUAAGCCUUCACAGGCGGUUGCUUUUGUCUGGGAUGUUGUCAACAUAACAGCUUAUGAUGAACAGGCCAUGGUAGAUGCUGUGGCCUGGCUCAACCCUGUGUCCUUUGCCUUUGAGGUCACAGCUGAUUUUAUGCACUACAAAGCAGGUGUUUACUCCAGCUUGCAGUGUGAGAAAACAGCAGACAUGGUGAAUCAUGCAGUCCUGGCGGUGGGUUAUGGAGCUGAGAAGAACGGCAUGCUUUAUUGGAUUGUGAAGAACUCUUGGGGCACAGCCUGGGGAAUGGACGGGUAUUUUUUGAUCGAGAGAGGAAAUAACAUGUGUGGCCUGGCUGCAUGUGCUUCCUACCCUCUAUCUUAAGUGGACUGAAUAACUGACUGGAAUUAUUCACUGUUGUGCUAACCAAAGUGUUUGAUGUGGAAGUCUGGUUUCCCAUUAAUGUGUACAAUACCAUGUAAAGGAUUUUAAAUGAAAUAGGAAAUUGAGUUAUAUGAUGUAAUUUAAGUCCAGUUUAAAUUAAAGUCUGUUCCAAUCAAAGCAAACAGCUCAGGGCUACUCAGUAACAACAUUUGUAUACAUUUAGACAUGCAGCCCUUACUGGGUUUAUCAAAUGUAUUAUGUGUACAGUGUUCAAGUAUGUUGUGAAUAUUAAAUCUGUGCAUUGUGUCACAAUCAA